UGUUAACAGCAGUUAACAAAAAAAACAAUGGCAACAAAGUGUCAAUAACAGUUACUAAAAUAUUUCAACGAUUUCAACGGCUUCCUUUCUCCUUGCAUAUUAGAAACACAUAGUGGUUUGUAAAUAUAUAUUUGAAUUAUUCCAACGUCCCAAACAAUGAAUAAGCCCAGCUAUUUCCCAAAUUACUAUUCGAUUGAUGAUGUGAUGGCAACGCAAGAAAGGAUGCCAAGCCGGGCGCUAAAUGAACUUUUUCAAAUGGGAUUUCUUGAUUUGUCCAGUGAGAAGACUGGUAACUUGAUGGCUAAUCAGCAAGUGGAACUUCCCCUCUGGUAUUUACUUCAGACAGAUGAUCGUAGCCGUUAUUUUUCCUUGAUAGUUCCCGAAAUUUUUACGGCGGCUUACAAAGAAAUUUACAAGGCGGAUGCCAGCUAUGUCGAGUUGGGCAAGUUGAACAAAUUCUAUUAUGAGUUGGGCAUGUACCUGUGCCAAUUCGAUACCGGGGACGAUCUUGCCGAAAUGCUGUUCAACACGGCACAGGAACGCAUUAAAGGGAUCAAAGACAUGUGCAACAACGUCAGUAGCGAAAAUAUGAUGGACAACAAAAAGCUGGACCAUUUGGAACGGAUGCUGUAUGAAGAGGGCACUAGGACGCAUCGAAUGUUCUCCGACUGGCUCCAGGAAAAAUCGGUGAACAUCAAAUCCACGGAACUGGUUACAAAUCACCGUAAACGGAAACGGGACGCCCUAGAAGGAGAAGAGGGCUCAUCGCAGUCAUCGCAAAGAACGUCCGUGUAAGUUUCUUUUCUUUUUAAGAAUGAGGAUGGCGGUAGUUUAUACGAUUACUUUUAUUCAAUUAAAUUUGACCCAUUUGAUGUUCUAA